GUAGUCUGUGGUAGUUGCCGAUCCUACUUAGAUCGCGAUAUUUGUAUUAAAAUUAUUUUCAAUAAAAUUUAGUUUUUUAUGAAUUGAAGUAAAACAUAAAUCAUGUCGUGGUUAUUUGGAUAUAGUACAAAACCACCACAGCCACCAUUAGACGACCCACCUGCUGAUAGCGGAGGAGCAUCAGCUCCACCAACACUUUCAAAAUCAGAGAAAAAGGCAAUGGAGGCUUAUCGUUUUGAUUCAAGUGCUCUGGAAAGGGCUGCUCAAGCUGCAAAAGAACUGGAAAGAUCUAGACAUGCAAAAGAAGCAUUGGAACUUAGUAAAUUACAAGAAGCUACUAAGCAACAGGAGCAAAUGGCUAAAAUCAAAGAAUAUGAAGCUGCAAUAGAGCAAGCUAAAAUGGAUCAGAAAAAAAUCGAUUAUGAAGAAAGACGUAAAACCCUACAGGAAGAGACAAAGCAGCACCAAAUGCGUGCACAGUAUCAAGAUCAACUAGCUAAAAAGAGAUAUGAAGAGCAAUUGAUACAGCAACAAAGAUCACAAGAAGAAAUUCUCCGAAAACAAGAGGAAAGUGUUGCUAAACAGGAAGCAUUGAGAAGAGCCACCAUUGAACAUGAAAUGGAAUUGCGGGAGAAAAACAAACUGAAAACAAUAGAGGCUGAAGCAAGGGCGCGUGCAAAAGCGGAACGAGAAAACAGAGACAUUACGCUUGAGCAAAUGAGACUGAAAGCAGCCGAGAAUAGACAAACUAUCCUAGAAAGUAUUAAAACAGCAGGUAGUGUUAUCGGCACUGGUCUGAACGCACUGGUGACUGAUUGGGAUAAAACGCUAGCAGCUGCUGGUGGCUUGUCAUUAUUAGCUCUUGGUGUAUAUACUGCAAAAGGCGCUACUUCGGUAGCAGCUAGAUUUAUAGAAGCUCGCAUUGGUAAACCAACACUUGUUAAUGAAACAUCGCGAUUUUCAUUAUUAGAAGCAGUUAAACAUCCAAUACUUACAGUGUCAAAGGCUAUAUCUAGUUUCAAAAAACCAUCAGAUGCCCUGACUGGGGUUGUUCUAGCACCAACAUUAGAAAGAAGACUUAGAGAUAUAGCCAUUGCUACCAAAAACACCCGUUUGAAUAAAGGCUUUUACAGGAAUCUGUUGAUGUAUGGACCUCCUGGAACUGGAAAAACACUAUUCUCAAAGAAAUUAGCUAAACACUCGGGUAUGGACUAUGCCAUUUUGACUGGAGGUGAUGUUGCUCCAAUGGGAAAGGACGCUGUUGCUGCGAUUCAUAAAGUUUUUGAUUGGGCAAAUACUAGUCGGAAAGGUGUCCUCCUGUUUAUUGAUGAAGCUGAUGCAUUCUUGAGAAAACGUUCGUCAGAAAGGAUUAGUGAGGAUUUAAGAGCGGCUCUUAAUGCUUUUCUUUAUCGUACAUCAGAUCAAAGUAAUCGCAUAAUGUUAGUGCUUGCUUCUAAUACUCCUCAGCAGUUUGACUCCGCUAUAAAUGACCGUCUUGAUAAAAUGAUAGAGUUUGGACUUCCUGGUGUCGAAGAACGAGAACGUUUGAUUCGUCUAUACUUUGAUACAUUUGUUUUGAAACCUGCAUCAGAAGGAAAACGGCGUUUGAGUGUAGAUCAAUUUGACUAUGGAGCUUUGUGCUCGAAAUUGGCUGCCCGAACAGCAGGGAUGUCUGGUCGAGCAUUAUCUAAACUUGGAGUCGCAUGGCAGGCUGCUGCAUAUGCUUCAGAUGAUGGCCGUCUCACUGAACAAAUGUGUAUAGAAAUUUGCGACGAUGCGGUCAGGGAUCAUCGCCAGAAGAUGGAAUGGUUAUCUGCUGAGGAAAAGUCUCGCAGUAUGAUGCCAUAUCUCUUAGAUUUACCGCCUUUAGAUAAACCAGAAAACAACGUAUCAAAGGCUACAAUCACUGAAUUGCCAGAUAAAGAUGAUACCAAAAAGAAAAAUGCAUCGAAAAAAGCAUCUGCUGGGAAAGAAAUUGAAACCGAAAAGUGACACUUCGAAAUGAAAGAGCCACCCAGAGCAGACACAAUAUAUUUCAAUAACGGCAGUAAAUCUAACUGUGAUAACAACAAAAAAAUUGUGUAUGAUUUUACGAUUUCAAAACAUCAAAAAUUUAUUGCACUGACAGAUCGAGACAUGGAAAUAUUGAGGAGUAUAUCAUUAAAAUUGAAAAACUAAUGGUGCAAUUGAAAUAAUAGCAAUCAAAUUAAUGCAAAUAAUUCUAAAUAUGUACAGAGCAAUUUUCAAAUUAAAAAUUCCUUUUGAAAAUAGAAGCUACAAUGAACAGUUGUAUAUUUAGAAAACUCACUUUGAAUAUCAUAAUUUUUGGGUCAUUUCUGUGGAAUAAAAGUAUUCAGAUCGCACAGUAAUUUUGCGAUGGGACUCUUCUAUGAAUAUAUUAG